ACGAACACGAAUGGGAGAAAACAACCUCAAGCGACUCACACGAAGCUGUUGGUAUUUGUACCCCUCGCCGCACUCCGAAGACGACGCAUCCAAUCCAAACACGGUGGAGCCAUGUCUCCAUCUCCGACAGCAUCUGAUGAAUCAACGACACACUCAACCAGCUUAUCCUGUGAAGCUUGCCGAAGGCGCAAAAUCAAAUGUGGUCGAGAGCGCCCUGUGUGUUCAUUGUGUCUGAAGUCACGCCAGACUUGCUUCUAUCGUGAAGGUCCGCUAAAGCCGGGCCCGAAACUUGGUUCAAAGCAAGGAGAUCGGAAACGUGCUCGCACUGGAGAGGCUCGAAGCACCACCGGCGAGGCUGAAGAUGGCCGGGAUAAUGACUGUGCCGGUUUGGUCAAGUUAUCUGACACCAACCAUGCUGUGGGUUCGCAGACAAUGAGUGGGCAAUAUGGCCAAGAAACCGGCCUCCUGUCAGGAUGCAACUUCGACUGUGCGCCUACCAGAAGUUCUCUGGCUGCCGCUAUCCCUCAACCCGAGUCUUUAGACAUGCAUGAUCUGUCCUCUAUUGUUCAUCCUUCACACGAGCCUACCUUCGACAUCUGUGGGGACGGAAAUAGGGAAACUUUCCCAAAUCCAGCCGAGAUCGUGGGAAAAUCGGCUGAUUCGGAUAUGAUCACGCUUGCAUGCAAAACACUGUACAUUUCACCAGAGACCUUGAAUGCCCUCAUAGAUUCUUAUUUUACCCACAUGACAUCGUUCUCGCUAUUCCGCCCUUCCCAAUUUCGGCCCAAACUUGCUUCGAUCACCUCUCAGGCACAACUUACAGCUCUUUUGGCAGCCAUGUUUUCGUUCUCUACUCGAUUCGUCGAAGCGACCAACGAUCAGGACAUAAGCUCAACUAACCAUGGCCAGCCCUGUGCAGCAUCGCAAGUCGAGCGAUUCAGGGCACUCUCCCAGCUCCAUAUAGACCAGGCAUUUCGGGAAUGUGGAGAUAGCAGGCCUACACUGGUGCUGUUGCAAGCUCUGGCACUUUCAACUUUCCAACAGUUGAUAAGGGGUGCCCGCGGGCUUGCUUGGAGAUCCCUAGGCACAUGUGUUCGAGUUGCUUACGAACUUGAUCUUCACCUGGUGGACUCAGAUGAAAGUGAUAAAGACAUACUCUUUACGGGCAAGACAGGGCAAUCAUGGUGUUUGGACGAAGAAAAGAGGAGGAUUUGGUGGGCUAUCUGGGAGAUGGACACCUUUGCCAGUACGGUACGUCGUUGCCCUACAGCGAUUGACUGGUCUCAGAAUGAAACGAAGCUUCCCAUCGACGACGAGUUCUGGUUCCGCGACGAAUUUCGACAAAGCUGCUACCUAGGCCCAGAUGCCAUGACUCGGUGGAGGGACCUUCAACAAUGCGGGAACAAAUCAGCAAAAGCCUGGUUUAUUGUUGUCAAUUCGAUGAUGAGGCAAGCGCAACAGCUUUCCCACCCAAGAACGAGACAUGUUCCAGUAUCUGCAUUGCCUCAACAAAGAUCCAGUAUGAGGGCUGUCAGAUCGAAUGCUGGAAAGACUUGCGAGGAAAUAUCCGAAAGCCUCGGUGUCUUGGAAAACGCGUUGCAUUGCUUUUCCAUGGCCUUACCUUCGCAUCUAGAGUAUCAUCACGAGAAACUCAGUUUUCCAGUCACCGAUUCCAACUCCUCCCUUCUAAUGCUCCAAAGCUCAAUAUACAGUAUCUAUGUCAUGAUGCAGUUAACGAAAUUCAUGAUGUAUCACCACGCUGUCUUUGGGGGCGGUCGGCGAGAGCAUUGUCAGGUGAAGGCAUCUUCAGCUGAGAAUAUACCCACGCCACCUGCUGAGCCGAUCAAUCCAUCUGAACCAGAUCCGGAUGGUCUGAGUCGAUACGCGGAAGCUGCAGAUGAUAUACUCAUGAUCGUCAGUCGUAGUUCGAGUCACCAUGUUCAAUAUGUCAAUCCUUUCCUAGCGAGCACAAUUUGGCUUGCCGCCGCGGUGCAGCUCGUGUAUAAAUUUUUUGGGUCUCCCGGAGCCAAUAAGGACCUGACUGAGUCUAAAUUUGAGGUUUUACGCCUCAACUACAUGCAAUUCGUCGAACAUUGGAAAACAUCGACCACCCUGCAAGGCAACCUGGAGAUAUUGAGGAAAGCACUUGAUCUUAUUCACGCGCGCAAGAAGUCUCCUCAGCCAUACCAUUCAAGGGCUGAAAGCAGCAAGGGGAAGCAGAUUGCAGCUGUUGCAAACAUGACCGAUUCAGAGGAAGUCAAUACAGAUGUACAGGCACUGAGCUCAGAUGAAGCAAACAAUUUGUGGAUUCAGACCGAGAUUCUUGGCAUUUCCGUCGAACCUGACCCUUCUGCUUUACAUGAGACACAAAUCGAACAAACAAAAAGAGUCGACUUUGAUCAACUUGCUGGAUUUGACAAUAUGGAUGAAAAUUUCGAAGACUUUAUAUUCGACACAGGACUUACCACGGAAAUGGAUCUGGACAUGGCAUACGACAUAAACAGUUUUCUUCAAGCUCAACUACAUCGAGACUAAAUACAACGACCCCAUGCACCAUCUUGUUCGAUUCGGUUUGACAUUAGGAAUGAGCGGGAUGUUUGCGGUCCUUACUGAAGCUUGAAUGCCUUUGUUGGAUCAAGUCCGCACGUGAAAUCCGCCUUUCCGGUCUUCAUAUCUGCGGGAUAUGACAAAUGCUCAUGAAUCCAUUUCCAUUUGCCAUCUCUCUUCUUGGCGAUACCGGUUCGUCGGAAAGUUG